AUGGCAAGCGGAUCGAUAAAGGAUAUGACAAUCAAGGAGAACAAACUGGAGAAGUUCGAAGGGGUGGACUUCCGAAGAUGGCAGAAGAUGAUGCAUUUUCUUCUGACUUCGUUGAAGGUUGUGUACGUGUUGACUACUCCAAUCCCGGAGAUACAGGAGGAGGGAAAUCUGGAGCAAAUCAGGAAGAGGUCGAAGUGGGAGAACGGCAAUUAUAUAUGUCUUGGCCACAUCCUGAACGGUAUGUCUGAUCCCUUAUUUGAUGUUUAUCAAAAUGUUGAAACUGCAAAGUUGCUGUGGGACACGUUGGAAGCCAAAUACAUGGCAGAAGAUUCUUCUAGUAAGAAGUUUCUUGUCAGUAAUUUCAAUAAUUACAGAAUGGUUGAUGAACGGCCUGUGAUGGAACAAUAUCAUGAAUUGCUACGAAUUCUGGGGCAGUUUGCCCAACAUGAUAUGAAGAUGGAUGAAUCCAUCUCUGUUUCGAGUAUCAUUGACAAGUUACCUCCUUCCUGGAGAGAUGUUAAACAUAAUCUGAAACAUCAGAAAGGAGAGUUAACUUUGGUUGAACUUGGAAGCCACUUCAGAAUUGAAGAAGGCUUGAGAGCACAGGAAAAUGUGUUGGUCAAUGAUGAUAAGAAAUGGGCUGGAUCAAGUUCUGUGAACAUGGUUCAAACGGGUGAAUCAUCGAAAGGAAACAGUAAGUUCAAAGGGAACGCAAGUUUCAAGGAAACAACAAUUCGGGUUCAAACAAAAAGCCGAAUUACCCUUGCUGGAAAUGUGGUAAGGUUGGUCACUUUAAGAGGGACUGUAAAAUGA